AUGGCUCGCUUGCUGCUGCCACCGUGUGCCUGGCUGGCCGUUCUGCUCAUCCAACUCAUCCAGGUGGAUGCCCACUAUAUACAGAUUGACCACGAGGAGUUUCGAGCCAGUGGCUUCCCACAUCCCCAUUUCCCACCGCCACCUCUGACGCCACUGGAGCACCUGCCUCCCCAGGUGCUGGCCACCAAGGAGCUAACACCCGCCGAGGUGAUGGUCGAUCUAACCAAUGACCUGACCCAUCGCCUGCUUCACUACCACUCCAUCCUAAAUCGCAACAACUUUGCCUUCUCGCCCACUGCCCUGGUCAGUGUCCUGGUGGCCCUUUAUGAGGGAUCCGCUGGCAAUAGUGCUGGAGAGCUACGAAAUGUGCUGCAGUUGCCCAACAAUCGUGACGUCAUCCGGGUGGGAUACCGCGACAUCCACCGACGACUACGGACCUAUUUCUUUGGCUCCGAUAAUCCUCUCAAAGGACUCAGCUUAAACAAGGGAAAUGUGACGGUCUUAAGGGACUUUGAAACAGUUCUCAUGUUCUACGGAUACGAUCUGAGUGUCGAUAUGCUAUCCGCAACACGGGCCAACUUGACCUCAGACGCCGAGGUGGUCAAUACCACGAUGGCCAGCAAUUCCACGACCGGGGAUAUGGAAACUGAAACCACCACAUUAAAGGACGCAGAAGCCACAACAGAGGCGCUAGCCACGACAACCACAGAGGUGCCAGAAACUACGACAACGGAGGCACCAGCCACAACGACAGAGGCUCCAGCAGAGACAGAGGCCACCACCGAAGCACCGGCUGCCUCGGAAGAGGAGGCAGCAGAACCCGCUGCCGAAGAUGAGGCAGCCGAACUGGUGUCCGCCUUUGUGGCCGAAGAGGAUGCUGAGCCUUUGCUGCGCAUCCAGAAGGCACGAGUUUCCCGGUUGCCCACCAGCAAGCUCCAGGCACCGUUGAAGCACUCGAAUCCAAUCACUCCCAAGCCCAUUUACCUGCCCAGUGCCCGGACAAUGGCCAUGCCUAUGAUGGCCCGUCAGGUGGCGGAGCGAAAGCCAUCGCCCUUGCGUCAGGUAAUUUCCAUUUCAGCUCCUUCCCAGGCAGCGAAUAUGACGCAGACUCGCAAGGCCAAGGCGGCGCGACAAAAACGCCACGCCCUGCCGCCUCCCUACAAGGAACUGGAUGCGAAUCUCUUCCUCACGCUGUUUAAUCCGCACACGCACGUUCCACACCAUCCGCUGCAUUUUCCACCGCCUGUGCCGGCCCCCUUUGCUCCCAUUACCAACGACUUUGAGCCGCACUAUGUGGCGGAGGCCGCCGAGGGGAAGUCAAACUACAAUACAGAUGUGAUUAGCCAUGUGUUCUACCUGGGCAACCAGCAGGUGGUGCACACCACCUUCAAAGUCUACAACGCGGUGUUGUACUACAAGUAUUUUGAGCACCUCAAGAUGAGCGUUCUGGAACUGGAGCUGGACACGCCCGAGUACAACCUGAUGAUCCUCCUGCCCGACUACCACACGGACAUCGUGGCCGCUGCCGCCUCCCUCAAGCUGGGUCCCACCCUCCGGCUGAUGCGUAAGCAGCUGAAGCCGCGUUGGGUACAGGCCAUUAUACCCGACUUCAAGCUCCACGGGACCAUGUUUCUCACCAACGACCUGCAGAAUAUGGGCAUCUGUGACGUCUUCGAGCCGAACCGCGCCGAUUUUCGACCCAUGACUGAUGAGAAGGGCGUCUAUGUGCGGCACAUUGAGCAAUCCAUAGACGUCACCAUCCGUACGCAUCCCAUCAAUCAGCUGAAGCGCAACUACGGCGCCCAAACGAAGCCCAUUCAGAUCUCCGUGAACCAUCCGUUUCUGUUUUUCAUCAUCGAUCGCGACCUGGACGUGGCUGUGAUGUCGGGCCGCAUACUGAAUCCGCUGAACGUGCGCAUCCAAUGAAGCACGACGAGGCAAGGUCGCUACGAAAGUGAUGG